ACAAAAACUUGAUUUAUUACAAAAUUAUCAGUACAUUAUAUAAGUAUUAAUCUUACAAUCAACUAUACUACAUACUUCGUAUAAAUUUGUACUUCAUAAAUCAAAUAUUACAAAAUUGAUGAACACCGAAAGACUGAUCAUGAUCCCUAUAUGCCCUUAACUAUUCGUAACUUAAGCUUCUUAGCUAUGGAUAAUCCCUCCUUAGUUUGGUCUAGACCGCUCAUUGCAACAGAGAUUGAAGGCAUGCCUCUAAAUCCUCUAAAGUUAUUGUCAGCAACUCAUUUGAGUCCAUACAAUCAACGAGCAUUAACCAACAAUGGAUCAAUCAAACCACCAUUCAUUUCCUGCCUUCCUGCCGUUGCUUUACAGUGGUUUCUCUCUCAAUCAAUUCUGCAAUAGUAUCCAAAGUGUAGAGAGAAUUUAACCUAAAUCCGUAUAAUAAGCUACUUUCAACUUGGUUUCGAGGGUGGGGGGAGGGGCGGUCGACGGUUUUAAGGGGAGGGGAGGGUUUUUUAGGGUUAUUCGUGGGUGGGGGGAAGUGUUUUCGAGGAGGGGAAAUCACACCAAUAAGAUGCCACGUCAUGAGUUGUUUUUUUUUUUUUUUGUACAAAUAAUUUUCUUCAACUAAAUUUAUAAUAAAAGUAUUUAAAAUUAUUAUAAUACAUUUAUUUAAAAAAAAAAUUAUUAUAAUACAAAAAAACUAUAAUUUGAAGUAAUCACUAUUUAACACAUGGACCCGAGGCAUCGCACGGGCUAAACAUUAGUUCUUGCUUAAAUUUAAUCAAAUUCAACCUUUUUUUUUUCAGACGGGAAUCAAAUUCAACCUAAUAUGCACUAUUUCCCCCAAUUUGGGCAUGAAAUUUAUCAAAUUCAAGCGACAUUGUUGUAAUAUCAAUUUUCAAUGCUUUCUGGGAAUGCUCAACUUCGAUGUUGCUCUUCAUUUCCGCUUUUCGGACCAAAAUUUCGUCUUCUCUCGCCGUUUUUAACGCCCAGGAUCAUCAAGGAGGUUGGCUUUCCAAGUACUCUGCCACUGCGGUGGUCGGAAUUGCAGUUGCAACUUUUCUUUGGAGGCAUGCCUGGAUAAGAUGGACAAAACAUCGUAGGAUCCAAGAUUUGCAUGAGAUCAGUACCUCUGAGGGUGCAAGGCCAACUAGUGAAAAUUCUGAGCUGCACUGUUGCUGUGGGCUUCCAGCCAAAUUGAGGAUGUCAAAAACUUUGAGGAAUCCCUAUAGAUUAUUCUAUAACUGCCCCAAGAAUGUGUUUCAUCAUCAAUGUGAAUAUUUUCAUUGGUCUGAUGAGUUAUCAGCUAGUAUAGAAAGAAGUAGAACAGAACUUAGUUUUCUUCGGAAUGAGUGUAUUCGGCUGCAUAAGAGAAUAGCAUAUGUUCAGUCUCGGCGAGAAAAUGAAAGAGCUUUGUGGGAGGUAGAAAGGUCAGAGCUAAGAUCAGAGGUAGCUUCAGUUCAAGCAGAGCUAGAUGAUAUAAAUAGUAGAGUUCAACCCUUGUAUGAGUUAGAUAAUAUGCCUCCUGUAGAUGAAUCAUAUGCCAUGAAGGCGGAGAAUGAUGGAGCAAUAGAUAUAGAAAUUAUAUAGAAAAUGAGGAGAGCUCAACAUACUUGCUCAUCUUAGUGUUCUGCUUUGAUCAUUCAAGUACCUGAAACUGCUUCUGCCAUUGACCCUCUGAUUUUUGCAGAAAAAUGUAUUUGUAGUCAGAGUCUUUUUGCAGAGGGAAGCGUUUUAGGGUUUAUGCAAGUUCAUGUAGAUAGCGCUAAUUUGGUUUGCUUGUAAAAAAUCUUCACAAUACACAUUACGUAGAAUGAUAGUAAUUUAAUCUACUAAUCUACAUGGGCAGUCAAUCUGCCAUGUUUGUGUGUUGCUUUAUCACAUACAAGUUAAUUG